AUGGACCGUUUUGAGGAUGUCGAAUUGAAUGACAACUAUGGCUCCGAUAGCAAUAGGGAGUUGGGAGAUAAUUGCACCGCAGCUACUAGCAAUGCCAGAAAUCGGCCAUGUUCAAAUUUACGGCCGGGAUCAAUGGGUUGUCGUCCCGAACGACGGCCGAGUAUACGGCUUAUGCGCCUACCGAAUACUCAACACCUUCUUGUGCAGCCAGUACCGCCAGGUUCUGAUCCGGAUCAUGGCUCCAAUUUGGCAUCCGAACUGCCAGGCGCCAGGCGUCGAAGCAGCUCUGAACCUAGGCGUAUCCCACUAAGCGCGUUGCUUGGUAAACGCCGUGCGUCUUUUGGACGAAGCCCAGCGCCAAUGUUACCAUUAGAUGAAGAAUUGGGCCCCCAAUCUUCCAAAUCAACUCAGAAAGACCAAGUCCUCCAGCCAACAGAGCCACAGGCUGUGAUCCUCAGUCCUAUCGAGAACAGACAAGCCACAAGCAGCUUUAGGCAAGGAAGAAUUAGGAGGAUGAGUAGCGGGGCCCGUUCGAUGCUAGGAUUGAGUCGUGUUGCCACUCACAAUGGAGCUAUUGAAGCUCCAUCUCUUCCUCAGGGAGAGUAUGAAGCGGAUGUGGUGAAUUUGCUGGACGUUGUUGACCCUGAAGUGUCCACCAUCACGACCCUUACCAAUGUUCAAAACUCUCUCUUUGUCCCUGACCUUGGACAUUGGGUAAACCGUCGACCCACUUAUACUGUGAGUCCUGGCCCAACCCGUGGCCAUGUCGAGAUGGAACGACCGGCAGUGCCUCAAAAAAGAAAGGAAGAUAGGGGCGAGCAAAAGCUUGAACGGUCAAGAACAAUGGAUACAACUACGUCGACACUGAGCGAUUCUCGGUUCGCUGUAUUGCCGGAUGGCGUGUCUUUGGAAGGCUGGAGUGCCGAAGAUAAAAGAGCAUUGGACGACCACGUCCGGCAUAUGCUUCACUCGCGAAGAUCUGCCUUCAAACGCGGUUUAAAGGGCUUCAUUAAAUACGUCAAAAAGCCCCUUGGAUUUUUGGUCACUUUGUACGCAACACUCAUCACGCUUUUUGGUCUGGCCUGGGUACUGUUCUUAAUCGGUUGGAUCAAUGUUGGUGGGAAGCAACUUUACGUCAUUAAUAUCAUCGACUACAUCCUCGUCGCCCUAUUCGCCAUCGUAGGCGAUGGCCUGGCUCCCUUCAGAGCCAUCGACACAUACCACAUGAUCUAUGUCGCUCACUACCACCGCGUUACCUAUAAACUCCGCCGCAAGCAACAGCUUCCUAAACUUCGAAACAAAAACGACCUCCCAGAACGCCGCGAGGAAGAAAUAGACCAACAUGUCGACGUCGAAAAGUCUGGAGAAACCACCAAAGAUUCGGACACGACAGAAUUCUCCGUCCUCACUGCAAGACAACAGGAGCGUCUCACUCACCAUGCGAACAAACUCGCCAAAUCACAUACAUUCUACAAGCCUCACGAAACCACGACCCACCACGCAUUUCCUUUGCGUAUGUUGAUUGCAGUCAUUAUCUUGCUAGAUUUGCACUCCUUGUUCCAAAUCGCACUCGGCGCUACAACGUGGGGUAUUGACUACCGCCGUCGCCCCUUUGCACUCACCACGGUGAUCCUAUGUUGCUCCCUGACUUGUAAUUUUACUGCAGGGUUGUUGAUAUGGAUUGGGGAUCGACGAACGAGAAAGAAAGAUGUUAUUGAGAAGAUGUUUAGGCAGGAGUUGACGGAGCAGGCUAUUUUGAAGUUGCAAAAGAAGAAAAGUAAGCAGAGAGAGGAAGAGAAUGUAAGAGAGGGGAAAAAGCAAGGGGAAGAAGAAGAAGACCAUACGGGGACCUUAAGUGAGGAGCAUGCGUUGUUAAAGAGGUGA